UGGGCUCUGGUGCUGGCCUCACCGCUGGUUCUCCGAAAGCGCUGGGAAGUGGCUUAACCUCUCCUGCCCGUCUGCGACGUGAGGCGCGUCGAGCCGCGCCGCGCAGCGAGGCCGGCACGUAGUGCGGCGCGGGCCUGCGUCAGCUGUGCUCUCAGGCGCUCUCGCGCCUCAACGGCGCUCUGCAGACACUUCUGUCGUGACGUAGUCUUGUCACGUAGUGUUGCAGCGUUCGCUUACUUCUGCGAUGUGAGGAGCUGCGGGGUGGAGCUGUCUUUCUGUCCUUUAGCAUGAACACACUGAGUGUAUGCCCCAGCCUUCAUGAAAGCCAACAGAGAAACGAAGCGCCUUUUUGUGGGUGGCCUUGGCCGGAACAUUUCGGAGGCAGACCUACAAAAUCAGUUCAGCAGAUUUGGAGAAGUUUCUGAUGUGGAGAUCAUCACACGGAAAGAUGACCAAGGAAACCCACAGAAAGUCUUUGCAUAUAUCAACAUCAGAGUAACAGAAACAGACCUGAAAAAAUGUAUGUCUGUUUUAAAUAAAACAAAAUGGAAAGGUGGAACACUACAAAUUCAGCUAGCGAAAGAAAGUUUUUUGCACAGAUCAGUGAGCAUCCUUAACACUUUGUUUCAACUCUCUGUCAGAUUGGCCCAAGAGAGAGAAGAAGCAAAAGCAAAGAAGCAAAAAUCAACAACAGGCAACACCAGCUUGUUGGAAAAGAUGGGAGUGGUGGAUUUCCACGUGAAAGCUGUGCCAGGGACAGAAGUACCAGGGCACAAAAAUUGGAUUGUGAGUAAAUUUGGAAGAGUCCUACCUGUCCUUCACCUAAAGAAUCAACAUAAACGUAAAAUCAUAAAGUAUGAUCCAUCAAAAUACUGCCACAACUUAAAGAAGAUAGGAGAGGAUUUCACAAAUGCCACCCCUGUAUCCAACCUCACUUGGGAACUGGAAGGAGGAAAUGAUCCUAUGAGUAAGAAACGGCGAGGAGAGUUUUCUGACUUUCACAGCCCUCCCAAGAAGAUGAUAACAGUGCAGAAGGAUGAGGGUUCGAUUGCAUCUCUGGCUAUGAGACUAAGACCCAGUAGGAUAAUGGAGAGUCUACACUUAACACAGCAACAGGCUGCACAGGAAACACCUUAUGAUCCCAUUACUCCUCCUAAAUCACCCUGGGUACCUGAUUCUGAGAGCCAGAAACUUAAAAAUGUAUUUUCUCAGACUUCUGGCUUGGAAACUACCAGGAAUAGAAAUAGCAUGUCUGAUGGUAUCGAUUCUGAAGAUGAAUUAAGGCUCCUGAUUGCAAGAGAGGAAAACUUAGGGAGAACUACAUGGUCCUCAGUAAAUGAAUCUGAAAAUGAUCCCUUUGAAGUUGUAAGGGAUGAUUUCAAAUCAGAUGUUCACAAACUUCAUUCUUUAACAGGUUUAGGCAUUAAAAAUAGUGUCUCUUGCCUUGAUAGUGAAGAUAAUGUUAUGGGAAAUGAUUGUGACUAUGAUUCAGGAGAUACGGAUGAAAUCAUUGCAAUGAAAAAAAAUGCUGGUAAGGUCAAAAACAGUGCAGAAUUUUCACAAAUGGAAAAGUCUAUGCACAAGAAAUCUUUGAAAAACAGAAAAAAACGUGAGCCUUCUGAUCAUCGUAUUAAAGUACAAAAAGGAAAAACCAAUGUAGAGCUAGCCAUCAGUCACGGAGUUAAGCUUAGUUGUAAAUCUCUGUCCGAUUUCAGUAGCAGUGAAGAUGCUGAUUCUGUAUCAGAAUUAGCCAAGGCUAAAGGAGAUGAGUAUAACGCCAUGAUGAAAAGCUGUCUCCAUGUGAAUCUCACUUUAGCUGAUUUGGAGCAGUUGGCUGGCAGUGACCUGGAGGCACCAAAAGAAGAUACUGAGGGCGAUGGCUGGGAAACCACUGCCAAGUGUGACAGGGCCUCCAAAAGCCGCAGGAUUCCCAGCGGCCUUCACAGAGGUCAACAGUGUAUUCAUCCUGAGGAGAUUGUGGCUUCCCUUUUAGAAGGAGAAGAGAACACCCAUGGAAAACAGAAGCCAAAGGAAAACAACGUAAAGUCAAAAUUCCAGGCUUUCAAGGGAGUAGGCUGUCUCUAUGGAAAGGAAUUAGUGAAAAAAUCCUUGAAAGUGAGUGUUGCCUCUAACAAUAUUACUAAAGAUCAGAAUUUCUUGAAACUUGAGAAUUUCAGUAGCAUAUCCAUGGAAAUGGGGCGCCUGUAUGCUAAUGGCUCAUCAAGCAAACUGACUCCUUUCCAACGUGCAAAGAAGGCAAAUGACCCAAACCAUAUUCAGCCUCAAAAAAGACAGUCCACUUUUAAGAGCCAGGAUCACAAGGUGUUGUCCCCUAGCAGUUCAGAAAAGGGAAGUAGAAAUCCUAUUUCUAGUCUGUUGCCAUUAAUAGAUAAGAAAUCUUUAAGUCUUGGUGCAAAGACUCUGAAGAAAGGCUCUGAUGAAGACUGUUGCCAUAGGACAGCAAAGACAGGAGAGGGCUCCAAAAAGAGGCCUGAUCUGAGCAGCCGCACAGCCCCUGAGACAUCACCUGAGGUCUCCUCCAGGAGGGACACUCAGAGAAGUAAAACAGACUCCCCACUUUCUGUUAAAAGUUCAUCCAGUGUUAAUGCUAAGAAUAAGCAUGCUGAAGACAAUCAGAAGCGUUUGGCAGCCUUAGAGGCAAGACAGAAAGCCAAACAAGCACAAAAGCAGCUGGUUCACAAGGCUCUGGCAAACGUGGAUGGUCACCCAGAGGACAAGCCAACACACAUCAUCUUUGCUUCUGACAGUGAAAGUGAAACAAAGGAGGCAUCCACUCAGGAGCAAAGCCAUCUGGGAGAGGAACCAGUGAAAGAGUCCAUGGGUAGAGCAUCUGGGAAGCUGUUUGACAGCUGCGAUGAUGAGGAAUCUGGUUCUGAAGAUGAUAGUAACAGGUUCAGAAUUAAACCUCAGUUUCAGGGCAGAGCUGGACAGAAGCUCAUGGAUUUGCAGUCUCACUUUGGCACCGAUGACAGAUUUCGCAUGGACUCCCGAUUUCUAGAAAGUGACAGUGAAGAGGAACAGGAAGAGGUAAAUGAAAAGAAAACUGCUGAGGAGGAAGAGCUUGCUGCAGAAAAGUUGAAAGCCCUGAAUGUUGUACAGAGUGUUUUGCACAUCAACUUAAGCAAUUCUACAAGCAAAGGAUCAGUAGCUGCUAAGAAAUUUAAGGACAUCAUACGUUAUGAUCCAACAAGGCAUGACCAUGCCACCUAUGAAAGAAAGAGAGAUGAUAAACCAAAAGAAAGUAAAGCAAAACGAAAGAAGAAAAGGGAGGAAACCGAGAAGCUACCUGAGGUGUCUAAAGAAAUGUAUUAUGACAUUGCUACGGAUUUAAAAGAAAUAUUCCAAACUACAAAGGAUACCAGUGAAAAGGAGGAUGCCGGGCCCUGGAAUGAGGACUAUGGUGGAGAGAAAGCCGAGGAAGUCCACGACCGUGCAGCUGUGACGACCGGGGCUGGACAGCCUGGCGGAUUCACUUUCUCCUUUUUUGAUUCAGACUCUAAAGAUGUAAAGGAAGAGACCUAUAGAGUUGAGACAGUGAAACCUGGGAAGAUUGCCUGGCAGGGAGCCCCUCGUUUCCAAGACAGCAGUUCAGAAGAGGAAGAUGUUACUGAAGAAACAGAUGACAGAAAGCCCAGCCCUGGAGAAGUAUCACUACCUGAGAAAGAGACCACUAGAUUUUUCUUUUUCUCUAAGAAUGAUGAAAGACUUCAUGGUUCUGACUUAUUCUGGAGAGGAGUGGGAAGUAAUAUUAGCAGGAAUUCUUGGGAGGCCAGAACAAACAACUUGCGGAUGGAUUGUCGGAAGAAACAUAAAGAUGCCAAAAGGAGAAUGAAACCAAAAUAAUAAAUGUCAGCAUUGAUUUUGAUACUGAAUGUGAACAAGGCUCACCUAUGGAAAUUGGGUGAUCCAGAAAAUAAUUUUAGCUGAGAAAGAAAAAUCAGAGUGAAAGACUAUUCAAAAUCUGGCUGGUGGAUAUCAUUCUGGUUGCUGUAUUUUCUAUGGAUUUCCUCUGUCUUUCUUCUUAAGUAAUUACUUCAAAAAAUUAACUUUUUUUGAAAAAAACUGAACUUUUUUUUAAAUGAAGCACAAGAUAGUCCCUCAAAAUACUUUUUGUAUAUAAUCUCUUUCCCCUCCAUCCUCAAUAGCUAAUUGGCAUCUUCUGAUGCAAGGUUUACAUAAAGCCUUUUUAAAUAUAUGAGUCAGAGCACUUGUAUUUUCCAGGUUAGGCUUUGUGUGAAUUAUAGGCUACUCUGAUUGUACUGAAAAUACCUUACCUCCAUUUUGUCAUCUUUAUUUACCAGGUUGAAUGAAUUUGGCCCUAAGUUCUGUACUUGUGUUCUGGUGAAGAGCCAACUGAAAUGCAGGACAUUUCAGAGCAGCAUCAUAGGAGAAUUCUGUAAGGACCAGAAAAGGAUGCCAAAUGCAGAGUUUUCCUUCCUUGGCCUCCAGAUGGAGGCAGGCCUAUCAAUCCCAAAAUUCUAGUUAGACCAGAGGCUUAUGAAAAAACCCAAGUGUCUGAAAGAUAUGUAGUCACAGUCAGGAGUCAAGACCCUGAGUCCAGAUAGGGAAGCAGAUUCAAUACCUUGUUAAAUCAAACUGGUUAAGAUUCAAGACAGAUGUAGCCUCCUGUCAAACUGGGCUCUGUACAAAAUUGUGUUAUAUAGACACAAGGGAUUAUCAUUGAGCCACAAUGUGUAUAUCUGAAAUUAAGUAUUGAUUUACAUCUUGAUCAAAUAUAAACUCGGUGAGGGCUGGGAUGUCAUCUGGUUUGUUAACCAUUAUGUCCCCACUGCCUAGAACUGUGUCUAGUACAUAGUAGGUGCUCAGUACAUAUAUUUUUGAAUAAACAGGGUCCAAGGAACUAAGUA